GUUCCCACCGGGGCCAAGAGUGACAUCUGAUCCUGGGGGAUUGUGAAACGGAGUGAGGUGGCAGCCCGCCCGCGGUGGCCGCUGAGCCCUCUCCCCCCGCGCCGGCGUCGCCCCACCCCUGCCCCACUCCUCCCCGCGCGCGUCGUUAAAUCCCCGCAUCCGGGCGGCGGCUCACAACUGCACCCCGCCCGGCGCAGCACCAUGCCUGCCUGCCGCCUCGGCCUUCACGCCGUCCCCCUCCUCCUCGGCCUGCUGUUGCUGGGCCUCUCCCCUGUCCCAGGGCUCCUGGCCCCACUGACCGUCGGCCUCCCAGGCAGAGAAGCGGAGAAAACGGGCGUGUGCCCCCAGCUGCAGGCGGACCUGAGCUGUACGCAGGAGUGCCAAUCUGACGCCCAAUGCGCCGACAACCUCAAGUGCUGCCAGGCCGGCUGCGCCACCAUCUGCCACCUGCCCGACGAAAAGCAAGGUUCCUGCCCCCACGUGAACACUGACUUCCCCCAGCUCGGCCUCUGCCAGGACCAGUGCAAGGUGGACAGCCAGUGUCCUGGCCUGUUGAAGUGCUGCUACAAUGGUUGCGGGAAGAUGUCCUGCAUCACUCCCGUCUUCUGAGCUCUAGCCACCACCACCCGAGGAGUGGGGGAGUGGAAGUUUCUGCCCGGCCCUGCCUGGCUCCAGCCCAGCUGGGCUCCCCUCUUUCUGGCCUCUGCACUCCCUCCAGAGCCGAGCCCAGCUUCUGUCUUUUCCAAACAAUAAAGUGACCGUUUCCAGCA